UUUUUUUCUCCUCCAAAUCUGAUAAAAAAAUGGCUUUAAGCGUUCUCACAUAUCCAACUCUAUAAGAUACAUUUCCUUCUCUGAGAUAUUUUACUUUAUUUUGCUGUGGAAUCUUAUUCUUUGCAUUCGCUCUGCACUCUCCAGCUCCCUCAAGUGAAUGCUCCUUCGUUGCUGGAGUUAUCUCUUCCGCUUUGGGGCAAACGGGUUUCCGAUUUGAUUAAUCUCCGGCGAUAAUGCCUUCUUCUACCGUUAAAGCUGUCUCGUUCGUUUGGGUUAAAGAUCCGGAGGAGGCAUGGUUAGAUGGUGAAGUUAUUGAGGUUAAUGGAGAUGAUAUUAAGGUCCAAUGUACCUCAGGGAAGACGGUUGCUGUCAAAGUUUCAGACACACAUCCAAAAGAUAUGGAAGUUCCACCUUCUGGAGUCACCGACAUGACAACGCUAGCGUAUCUACAUGAACCAGGGGUCCUGCAAAACUUGAAAUCAAGAUAUCAUAUAGACGAAAUAUAUACUUAUACAGGAGAUAUCUUGAUUGCUGUGAACCCUUUUAAACAACUAGCGAACCUUUACAAUGACCAUAUGAUUGAACACUAUAAAGGAGCCCCCUUUGGAUCAUUGAUGCCCCAUCCGUUUGCAGUUGCGGAUGCAGCUUACAGACAAAUGAUUAAUGAAGGAGUUAGUCAAUCAAUCUUGGUAAGUGGUGAGAGUGGAGCAGGGAAGACUGAAACUGCUAAAACGCUUAUGAAGUACCUGGCAAAAAUGGGAGGUCGAGCUGUCAAAGAUCUCUCGGCCAGAAGGAGUGUAGAAGAUCAAGUUUUGGAGUCCAAUCCUGUUUUAGAAGCAUUUGGGAAUGCAAAAACCGUCAGGAACAACAAUUCAAGUCGAUUUGGUAAAUUCGUGGAGAUUCAGUUCGAUCAAAGGGGAAGGAUAUCAGGAGCUGCUAUCAAGACUUAUUUGUUAGAGAGAUCAAGGGUGUGCCAAGUGUCAGAUUCUGAGAGAAACUAUCACUGCUUUUACAUGCUUUGUGCUGCACCAUCAGAGGACAUUAAAAAACUAAAAUUAGAGGAUCCAACAACAUACCGUUAUCUGAAUCAGUCUCAUUGUAUUAAGUUAGAGGGAAUGGAUGAUUCGAAAGAGUAUGCUAAAACCCGAGAAGCAAUGGGCAUUGUUGGGAUAAGCGUAGAGGAGCAGGAAGCAAUAUUUCGAGUUUUGGCAGCUAUUCUUCAUCUAGGUAACAUAGAAUUUACCAACGGAGAAGAAACAGACUCUUCAGUUCCAAAAGACAACAAGUCACUGAAGAUUGCGGCUGAGCUUUUCAUGUGUGAUGAGCAGGCACUGGAAGAUUCUCUCUGCAAACGUGUAAUGGUGACACCUGAAGAAACGAUAUCUAGAUGUCUGGAUCCUGAAUCUGCAGCAUUCAGUAGAGAUGCUUUGGCAAAAUUUGUGUACGCUAGAUUGUUUGAUUGGAUCGUAAACAAGAUCAAUAAUUCAAUUGGGCAAGAUCCUGACUCAAAACACAUGAUAGGAGUGCUGGAUAUUUAUGGAUUCGAGAGUUUCAAGACAAACAGUUUUGAGCAAUUUUGCAUCAAUUUGACCAAUGAGAAACUUCAACAUCACUUUAAUGAGCACGUCUUAAAGAUGGAACAAGAUGAGUACAAGAAAGAAGAAAUUGCCUGGAACCACAUCGAGUUCCCAGAUAAUCGGGAAGUUUUGCAACUUAUUGAGAAGAAACCUGGUGGUAUUAUUGCUCUCCUGGACGAGGCUUGCAUGUUCCCAAGAUCAACACACGAAACGUUUUCUCAAAAGCUGUACGAAACAUUUAAAACGAACAAGCACUUUAGCAAGCCAAAGUUAGCUCGUACUGACUUCACAGUUUGUCACUAUGCUGGUGAUGUCACUUAUCAAACCCAGCAGUUUCUGGAAAAGAACAAAGAUUAUGUUGUUGCUGAGCAUCAGGCUCUGCUAGGUGCUUCCAGGUGCACUUUUAUUGCAGGUUUAUUUCCUAGUCUAGUGGAAGAUGCUAGCAAACAGACGAAGUUCUCUUCUGUAGCUUCACAAUUUAAGCAACAACUGGCAUUAUUGAUGGAACGUCUUAGCACUACUGAGCCUCGCUAUAUUCGUUGCGUGAAGCCCAAUAAUCUUCUGAAGCCCUCUAUCUUUGAGAACCAAAACGUUCUGCAACAGCUACGUUGUGGGGGUAUGAUGGAGGCAAUAGAGAUUUGUCGUGCUGGAUAUCCUACACGAAAACAUUUUGAUGAAUUCCUGGACAGAUUUAGUGUCCUAGCUUCUUCUACUUUGGAUAAGUGUUCUGAUGAGAAAGCAGCUUGCAAGAAACUUCUGGAGGCAGUUGGACUCAAGGGAUACCAGAUUGGAAAGACGAAAGUUCUCCUCAUGGCUGGGCAGAUGGCUGAAUUAGAUGCUCGGAGGACUGAUGUCUUGGGAAGAGCAGCCAGAAUUAUACAGAGGAAAUUCCGCUCCUACAUGCUCCUCAAAGCUGCAAUCAAUAUGCAGGCUGUGUGCAGAGGCCAACUUUCUCGACAUAUAUUUGAGGACUUGCGCAGAAAGGAAGCGGCUGCUUUGAAGAUACAGAGAGCUUUGCGGAUCUACCUUGAAAGGCGGUCUUACAUUGAAGCUGUGGUUACAGUUCAGUCAGGUUUGCGUGGUAUGGCUGCUCGCGAUGUACUAGGAAGGAAGAUCAAGGCCACACUUGCUAUUCAGAUUCAUUGCCGUAGAUACCUGGCCGAGUCGCACUACAAGAAGCUGAAGAAAGCAGCGAUUACUACACAAAGUGCAUGGAGAGCAAGGCUAGCCCGUAAAGAACUGCGAGAGCUUAAGAUGGCUGCAAAGGAAACUGGAGCCCUACAAGCUGCCAAGAGUAAGCUUGAGAAGCAAGUGGAAGAUCUCACGCUGAGACUGCAGCUAGAGAAACGCAUGAGGGUGGACGUGGAAGAAAGUAAAACACAAGAAAAUGCGAAACUGCAAUUAGCAUUGAAGGAAAUACAACUCCAGUUCAAGGAAACCGAAGUGUCUCUCUUAAAGGAAGUUGAAGCUGCGAAAAAGACUGCAGAAAUGGUUCCACCGGUAGUAAAGGAGGAGGUUCCUAUUGUUGUUGACACCGAGCUUGUGGAGAAACUCAAGAGUGAAAAUGAUAACCUCAAGUCAAUGUUAAGUUCGCUGGAGCAGAAGAUUGAUGAAACAGAGAAAAAAUUCAAGGAGAAGGUGAAGCAGGCUUUAGAGGCUGAAGACAAAAUUGUUAAUUUGAAGACCGCCAUGCACAAACUCCAAGAGACGCUAGAGGAUGUGAUAAACGAAAAUCAUGUUUUGAAGCAAUCUGCCUUAAGCACACCCGUUAAGACAGCAUCAGGACGUUUCUUCCCUUCUACUCCAGUAAAGAACUUGCAAAAUGCCGAAGAAAAUCAACUCACUGUAAGUUAUGUCUUUUGCUUUUCCGUCUACUUUUAUCUGAUAGUCUGUUCCCAUUUCUUUUGUAAAUCCUUAAAAGAUCCGUCUCUGCAGGGCACUAUGUUUACAACACCAGCAAGGAUACAAGAAUCCAGGGGUGGUUCCCAUAUUGAUCCUCAAAAUGAGGAUGUGGAUGACCUAAUCAACUGUGUCACAAAAAACGUUGGAUUUAGUCAGGGGAAGCCAGUAGCGGCAUUUACCAUCUACAAAUGUCUUCUUCAUUGGAAAUCCUUUGAAGCAGAGAGAACCAAUGUAUUUGAUCGUCUUAUUCAAAUGAUUGGUUCUGCUAUUAAGGUUUCUUACUAUCAGAAUGAAGAAGACAACGCUAAUUUGGCAUAUUGGUUAUCCAACACAUCGACCUUGUUGUUCAUGCUACAACAAAGUCUCAGAUCUGGUGGAACCGGGGCCACUCCACUUCGAAAGUCACCUUCCUUGGUCCGAUGGAUGACCAAGGGUUUCCGUUCGCCAGCGGCUGAAGCGAUUCGACCAGUUGAUGCCAAGGCUCCAGCUCUGCAUUUCAAGCAGCAGCUUGCAGCAUAUGUUGAAAAGAUUAUUGGGAUUAUGUGGGAUAAACUGAAAAAGGAAUUGAACACUUCCCUUACUCUCUGCAUCCAGGCACCAAAAACGUUCAAGGGGACAGCGCUAAUGUCUGAUAGCACUGCUAAAUACUGGCAAGGGAUUAUUGAAGGACUAGAUGCAUUGCUAAGCACACUUAGAGAGAACUUUGUUCCUCUGGUUCUUAUCCAGAAGAUACUUUCUCAGGCUUUCUCACUAAUCAAUGUCCAACUGUGGAACAGCGUUAUGACGCGACCAGAUAACUGUUCAUUUAUCAAUGGAGAAUAUUUAAAAUCUGGUUUAGAAAAGUUAGAGAACUGGUGCUUGGAAACAAAUGACGAGUAUGCUGGCUCAUCCUGGGAUGAACUCAAACAUAUCAGACAGGCUGUUGGAUUCUUGCGCAUCCAUAAUAAGUUCAAAAUCUCAUACGAUGAGAUUGCAAAAAAGUUGUGUCCAAUCCUUAGAAUACAGCAGCAUUUCAGAUUAUGUACUCUGUAUAAGGAUGAAAUCUACUACACAAAAAGUGUUUCGCAAGAGGUCAUCGAGAACAUGGCAGGAGUUAUGACAGACAGCAGCGACUUCUUGUUAAAAGAUGAUUCUAGCAACAGUAUAUCUUUCUUGAUCGAUGACUUGUCGAGUUCAAUGCAAGAUAAGGACUUUGCGCAAGUGAAACCUGCCGAGGAGCUUGUGGAGAAUCCAGCUUUCAGUUUCUUGCAAUAGUGUAACCUCAGAGAAACCAAAAACAAGAACACCAUUCAAAAAAAAAAAAAAAAAACAGGAUGAAGAAUCUCUCAGAUGAACUUUUGCUAAUUCGUUUCUCAUUCUAUCUCUCUCUGGCAGAGAUAUUGUGUUUUGCUGGGAGGAAAAAAAAGACAUGAUUAUUAUUUAUGGUCACUUCUUUUGUUACCAUAGACAAGGAACUUAUGGUAUAGUUUGUACAAAAGAAAAUAUAUAUUUUUAGUAUGAAAGAAAAUAUGUUUUUAGGAUAAGAAAGUAAAAUGAUGUUAUUUUUUUUGUAA